AUAAUACGUUCUUAUAUAGUCUCUUUUAGCCGAAAGAUUGUGUCUUCACUUGCGUGUGUGUUUCCGUUGAAUGCCCUUUAUAAAGGAAGUGUUCAAAAUGUCUGUGGAGGUUGGUUUUCUGGUGUUUCGAUCGCCAUUGUGGAGCUUCGAAGCGUUUCUCUGGGCUUUUCUUCUGGUUGGAAUCAUUGCGUUUUGUUCUCCCGGUGGGAUUGCAUGGGCUCGGUUCAGGUCCAAGGCGAGUUUCGCUGUCCCCGGUCCUCUUGGCUACCCGUUCCUCGGGUUGCUCACCGUGUUCACCGGCUCCACUCCUCAUCGAUCCCUGGCUGAACUGGCGAAAACCCUUAAUGCAGUGAAGCUGAUGGCUUUCUCUGUGGGGUUCACCCGGUUCAUCAUUUCCAGUGACCCUGAGACCGCGAGGGAUAUUCUCAACAACUCGGCCUUUGCCGAUAGGCCGGUGAAGGAGUCAGCCUAUGAGCUUUUGUUUCACAGAGCAAUGGGGUUCGCUCCUUACGGUGAUUAUUGGAGGAAUCUGAGGCGAAUCUCGGCCAACCAUUUAUUCAGCCCCAAGAGAAUCGCUGGCUUUGAAGGGUUCAGGCGCGAUAUUGGUGCCAAAAUGGCGAACGAGAUAAAGUGUUCGAUGGAGACAAGAGGCGAGGUUUUAAUAAGGAAGGUGCUCCAUUUCGGGUCGUUGAACACUGUAAUGGCGACUGUCUUUGGCAAAAGAUACGACUUCGAGAACCAUGAGUUGGAAGGGCUAGAACUCGAGGAGCUUGUGAGUGAAGGGUACGAGUUGUUGGGGAUAUUCAAUUGGAGCGACCAUUUCCCUCUACUUAGCUGGCUUGAUCUGCAAGGCGUGAGGAAAAGAUGCAGGAAUUUGGUUUCGAGGGUCAAUGUUUUCGUCGGUAAGAUCAUCGAAGAACAUGCACUAAAAAGGGUUAGUGGCGGCUAUGGAGAUGAUGAUCGCAGUAAUGCAGCGGAUUUUGUUGAUGUAUUGCUUGAUUUGGAGAAACAUGAAAAGCUCAACAAAUCCGAUAUGAUUGCUGUUUUGUGGGAGAUGAUAUUCAGGGGGACUGAUACAGUUGCAAUCUUGCUGGAAUGGAUCUUAGCGGAGCUUGUUUUGAACCCAGAAAUCCAAGCCAAAGCUCAGGCCGAGAUCGAUGCCGUCGUCGGAAAAUCCAACCAGGUUUCCGAUUCCGACAUUCAAAACCUGCCUUACAUUCAAGCCAUCGUGAAGGAGACUCUUCGUGUCCACCCUCCGGGGCCACUUCUUUCAUGGGCUCGCCUCGCCAUCCACGACGUUCACGUCGGAGAUCACUUCGUUCCUGCCGGAACGACGGCGAUGGUUAACAUGUGGGCGAUCACUCAUAACGAGAAACUCUGGCCGGACCCGGCAAACUUCAACCCCGAGCGGUUCAUGGAAGAGGAAGUGAGUGUCAUGGGGUCUGAUCUUAGGUUGGCACCGUUCGGGUCCGGUCGUAGGCUUUGUCCCGGCAAAGCCAUGGGUCUGGCGACGGUUCAUCUAUGGCUGGUUCAGUUACUUCAAGGCUUCGAAUGGGUUGCCUGUGAAGAUGGUGAUGCGGCGGUGGACUUGACUGAGCAUUUGAAGCUGUCCAUGGAAAUGAAGAAGCCUUUGGUUUGCAAGGCAAUACCUAGGGUUCGUUGAAAACUGUCAUCUUGUGCAUGAUG